AUUCUUUCUAUUAUCAGUUUCUCUCUUCCAGUGCUAUACGGAUUCGUUAGCUUUAAUGGGUGUGAAUUGAUGACAACUACACACAGAGAUAUUUUUUAAAUCACAUAUAAAUAACAAUAAAAGUUUAAGAAUUUUAACAACAAAACAAGCCUCAGCACGAGAUAAAUUCACCAACGUCAACUAAUAUACGAUUAUCUAAAAGAAUUAUCUUCCAUCGAUAUAUAUAUUUACUUAUCGGUUAAUUGUUAAAACUUCUUACUUUAACCAUUCGCAUAUUUUACGCAAAGCAAAUAUCAUUCGUCUUAUGAACUCAUAGGGUGAUAUAUCCAAGCGCACCGUAGAGUUUAUGUUAUUGACUUCCUUAAUAAGUUUCAUCAAUCUUAUUUCGAUACAUUCGUUUUUAUACUGCUCAAACGAUUCGUUAAAUAUAAAGUGUCUUAAGCAUGCUUUGUAUUUUCGCUCCUGAUCAUUGUCUGGUACGUUUAUAGCAACAGUCUAUGUCCGGCUGGUAAGCUUAGACACGACGAUAUUAAAGCAUCUCUCCUUUCCGAAGCAAUGCAAAUGGAUUUAUUCCUAAUAUCAUCUCUGCCUGAUGGUGCCAUAACGCACAUACGCAUUCACUGGAUGCUCGAAUCAAUCAAAUUUAUACAAUUUAAUCAAAGUGGUCAAGCACAAUAUAAUUUUGAAGUCUUAGAUCGUUUCUUGGAUGAUUUGGAUGAGAUGCAUUUGAUGCUUGUCUUUGAGUUUAUGGGAAAUUUAUCGAAUUUUUGUGCAAAAAAACCAGCUCAUAAUUACUUUCUGUGUGAGGGUUUGAGCUAUCAAGAAGUCAAACGUUUUCACAAUCGCUUUGGAAUAGAAAAUCUUUUAAAUUAUCGAUUUGAAACAUGGAACGAACCAGAUUUACUUGCUUAUAACAAAUUGAACUUUACCCUUGAAGGUUAGUGAAUAAAGAAAUCAAGAAUUAUUUCCUUCGCUCACAAAGACAUAAAAUUUGAUAGAUUAUUUAGAAUACGCUUUCACUUUACGACGUGGUUUAGAUAAAGCUGGACAAAAUCUACGCUUUGUUCUUGGCGGUCCAGCGGGUCUUUUCAAAAGUCCUCAAAACCAUCGCUUCUCCGUUUGCUUGUGGCUAAUAUAUAGAUAUAAAUGAUGGCGAAAUGGGAUUUGUGCAGAUAUUGUGAAACGGCAUUUGCAACAUAAAGGGGCCCUGGAAUCAUUAAAUGCUUCUAACAUAAACAGUCCAAUGAGUUUAUAUAUUAGAAAUGGAAAAUGCGAUUUGCUCUUUGUUUAAAUAAUGCAAAGUAUAUUUGCAACAAAAAUUGUUAAAAGUUAAAAAAAAAACAAAAAUGAUUCAAAAA